ACUCCUCACCUCACUGAACUUCACAAAAAGAAGAGAAAGAGAUCAUCAGAAACCGAUUCCAGAAUGAAGAGCUCCACCAUCUUCCUUCUCUUCGUAGCGACCUUCUUGGUCGUAGCUGGUGAACUUCCCCAUCCCCAUUUUUCUCUCUUUAUCUCUGUUUCCUCGCUUUUGCGUCGAAAUAUCAAUAGUAUUUCUUCGUAUAUAUCGCAGUAAACACGCGCCCUUGAUUUCCUUCUUUUUUUUAGUAAAAUUUUUCGAAAAAAUUUGACUGUGCAGGAAAUAAAGAAGUGAUGGCAGCUGAAGGAGGCUACUGUAAGAAAGGAACUAUCAAGCAGGACCCUAGCCAUGACUGCUUCGGUGAAGAAUGUAACUUUCAAUGCAAAGGGAAAUUUGGACAGAAGGCUCAAGGGCGUUGCGAGUAUGAGUUGUUCUGCACUUGCUUCCUGCCCUGUUGAUUCAUUUGUCUUAGAACAAUAUAUAUAAAACCCAAUGAAAAAUUUUUCUCUGCUUUCCAACUUUUGAGAUAUUGCAAUGUGGUAUCGUAUACGAUUGAUUGGCGUUAAAUUAAGGGGGAUUAGAGAAAUCGUCCACAUACUGCUGUGUUGGGACGGGAUAGCGUGACAACCCUUUAGGGGUUGUCAAUUUCGCUUCCCUCAUUUUUGCCGUCCAUCAUCCUUCUUCAUCUGGCGGUCAGGAGCAUAAGGAUUUUUUAGUAAGUUUUUAAUUCUAAUAAUUUUGAAUUACCACUUAAAUGUAUGGAGAAAAUCUUGGAGCGUGAUUGGCGGGAGGUGAAGAGCCUGUUUCGGUUGGGACUCUUUCCCUUCCAUUUUUGGCUUCUCCCUCGUCAAACCAAAACCCUCAUCAAACCAGGCAUCAGUAGCUUCGGAAAAUACCACAACACGGCCGUCGCCAUACAAUGGGUGACUACAUCAGCAACGACGACGGAAAAUGGGGUGGAGCUGAACCUAGUUGCUUAUUCGGCUUUGACCUUAACGUCCCAUUGACAAGCAACGACGAGAAUAUAUAUGAGAUUGGAGCUAAGCAGUCAGACCCAACGGAGAAUGGCGAUGAUGGCGACGUUUUGGGCCUGGAGGAGUUGGUCAACGAAGACCAUCCGGAAUGGGACAAAAUCACGAACAACAUCCAAUAUGGCGUCGACGUGGAGAACAACGACCAUUUCGUACUGCAAUCAGGAUAUCACGCUCAUUCAGACGACAGCGUGGCGGAGAAUGGCAUCGACGACAACAAUGGUGGUUUGGUAUCAACCAUCGUCACAUCAGACAGUUCAACGUGGAAUCACCUGCGUUUCCAGAACCAGGAUGAAUUUACAUGUUUUUUACAAGAGUUAUACUCAUGGAAGAUGAUUCUCGUCGAGAAUUACUACCAGACUUAAUAAUAGUAAAUAGUGGCAUUAAUUUUGUACCAGUUGUAUUAAUAGUACCAAUGUCGCUGAUUUUGUUCUAGAGUGAGUAAUGGUAACUAGUAGCAUAAUUGUGGUACCAGAACCAUUAAUCAAGUACCAGUAACAUUAAUUUGGCACCAGUACCACUGAUUUAGUUCCAGAUUGAGCAAUGAUUAGUAGCAGCAUUAUUUUGAUACUGAUACCAUUGUCUUUGGUACCAGUAGCAUUAAUUUUGUACCAGUACAACUAAAACAUAACCAGUAAAGGGUUAUGUAGUUAAAAUGACUAGGAAGAAGGUAUUAAAUUUUCACACUCAAACACCAAACUAAUUGUGCCAAUGUAGGAAACAAUAUUUUUACUUCAAACCUACAUGAAGCAAUGAUUCUAUUUCUGCUGUGACACCUAAGUAUAUCGACGGAAUAGUGCCUCGUGCAUAUCAGUAGCUUUAGCAAACAAACGUACGAGUACCACUACUAGUAGUUACUGCCUACUGGUUCAUGUGCCACUGUUAGUGACUGGUACAUGUACCAGUAACUAGUAAUGAUACAAGUACCACUGCUAGUUAUUGGUACAAGUACCACUACUAGUUAUGGGUUCAUAUGCCAGUAACUAGUAAUGAUACAAGUGUCGCAACUAGUUACUAGUUCAUAUACCACUACUAGUUUCUUGCACAUGUACCACCAUUAGUUAUUGGUACAUGUACCACUGGUAAUUACUGGUACGUAGUUGUACAAGUACCACUGCUAGUCACAGAAUACUUAUGGGGAAAACUAGUGUUGGAUGUAAUGCGAUAAUGCCAAUGGAACACAAAAUCAAAUGUAUUACUGCAAGUUGCCGCUACUUUGUCCAAUAUAAUUGGUUUACAUUAAGAAAGCAAUAGACAAUUAUCAUACGCCUCAAGAUUUGUUCAUACUACGUACAUAAACAAUUAUCAUACUCCUCAAACUUUUUCAGUAUAGCCUUCCUCUCUUUCGAAAUGCUAGAUUACAGAAUUUCAAUGUUUGAAUUCCGGCUGCACUUCUCCCAAAUUGGCUUCAACUUGCAUCUACUUUUUGCUUCUUCUUCUUCUUCUUCUUCUCACAGGGAGUCUCUGUUAUCACCUCAUGUGGCCGUUUUUUACUAGGGCUCGGAUCAUAAUAUGAUGACUCUCCUUCACAGAUGAUAACCUGCCGAGAUUCAUAGGUAGCAUUUUUUUUGUUGCAAGUUAUUUUUUGUCGUCGCUGUGUAGUUCUCGCCAUUCCUGGUACCAAAAAAAAUAAAACUACAUUGUUAUA